AAUUCUGCAAGUGGUUCUGAUUUACUAUCGCUGUUCUCUAGCUGGUCUAAAACCGAUUUUGACCUAAAGGGACGCUUUUUGGACGCCAUGGACGUUUCUCAGUUUCCAGGCAGAAAGAACAGUAAAAAUGCAGGCAGGGCACAGGACAAAGCACUCGGGACAAAAUGUAUGUGAAAUGGUUUGAUACAUGAAUGUCACUUUUUGUCAGUUUCAAAUUUCCCGCCAGUUCCGUCCCCCAUACGUCCCGACGCUCGCAGGGGAUGGAACCCAGAUGACAGAUGCCGACAUCCGCCGGAUUACAUUGCCGGGGACACUGCAGGAGGGACAU